CGCUACAUCGUGCUGCACGCCCACCGCGUGCACGUCCAGGCCGUCCAGGUCGCCGAGGACAAGCUCUCCGGCGCCGUGCGCGUCUCCAGCUUCUUCCUCUACCCGCAGAACCAAGUCUUCGUGGUGGUCCUCAACCGGAGCCUGGAGGCGCAGCGAAGUUACAACCUCAAGAUCAUCUACAGCGCCCUGAUCGAGAACGAGCUGCUGGGCUUCUUCCGCAGCUCCUAUGUGCUCCACGGGGAGAGAAGAUUUCUUGGUGUUACACAGUUUUCUCCUACUCAUGCCAGAAAAGCCUUUCCUUGCUUUGAUGAGCCCAUCUACAAAGCCACUUUCAAAAUCAGCAUCAAGCAUCAAGCAACCUAUUUAUCUUUGUCCAAUAUGCCAGUGGAAACUUCUGUUUUCGAAGAAGAUGGAUGGGUUACAGAUCACUUUUCGCAGACCCCUCUCAUGUCCACAUAUUACCUAGCCUGGGCAGUGUGCAACUUUACAUACCGGGAGACUACCACUAAGAAUGGGGUUGUAGUGCGAUUAUAUGCAAGACCUGAUGCCAUCAGAAGAGGAUCUGGGGACUAUGCUCUAAAUAUUACAAGGAGACUCAUUGAGUUUUAUGAAGACUACUUUAAAGUGCCCUAUUCCUUGCCAAAAUUAGAUCUAUUAGCUGUGCCUAAGCAUCCAUAUGCUGCUAUGGAGAACUGGGGACUAAGUGUUUUUGUGGAACAAAGAAUACUACUUGAUCCGAGCAUUUCUUCUAUAUCCUACUUACUGGAUGUCACCAUGGUUAUUGUACAUGAGCUAUGCCAUCAGUGGUUUGGUGACCUUGUGACUCCAGUAUGGUGGGAAGAUGUGUGGCUAAAAGAAGGUUUUGCUCACUAUUUUGAAUUUGUUGGAACAGACUACCUCUACCCAGGCUGGAAUAUGGAAAAGCAGAGAUUUCUGACAGAUGUCCUACAUGAAGUAAUGCUGCUCGACGGCUUGGCCAGUUCACAUCCAGUCUCACAAGAGGUGCUACGAGCCACAGACAUUGACAGGGUGUUUGAUUGGAUCGCCUAUAAAAAGGGUGCCGCUUUAAUUCGAAUGUUGGCUAAUUUUAUGGGUCACUCAGUAUUUCAGAUGGGCUUACAAGACUAUUUGACAAUUCACAAGUAUGGCAAUGCAGCCAGAAAUGAUCUCUGGAAUACACUAUCAGAGGCUCUAAAAAAGGUUGGAAAAUUUGUAAAUAUCCAAGAAGUAAUGGAUCAAUGGACGCUACAGAUGGGUUACCCUGUUAUCACCAUCAUGGGAAAUGAAACUGCAGACAAUAUCGUAGUAAUCUCCCAAGAGCACUUUAUUUAUGACAUUGAUGGUAAAACCAAGGAUCCUGACCUUAGGAACAACAGCUACUUGUGGCAGAUUCCACUAACAAUUGCAGUAGGAAAUACGAGCCACAUCUCUUCAGAGACAAUUAUAUGGGUGGCUAACAAAUCAGAACAUCACAGAAUUGCUGCUUUAGACAAGACAAGCUGGUUGCUGGGGAACAUGAAUCAAACUGGGUACUUUCGGGUUAACUAUGACAUAAGGAAUUGGAGGUUGUUAAUUGACCAACUAAUGAGGAACCAUGAGGUUAUCUCUGUCAGUAAUCGAGCAGGUUUGAUUGAUGAUGCAUUCAAUCUAGCCAGAGCUGGCUAUUUGCCUCAGAAUAUUCCUCUGGAGAUUAUCAGAUACCUUUCCGAGGAGAAGGAUUUUCUGCCUUGGCAUGCUGCCAGCCGAGCUCUUUAUCCUCUAGAUAAAUUGCUGGACCGCACUGAAAACUACAACAUUUUCAAUGAAUAUAUUUUAAAACAAGUUGCAACGAUGUACCUCAAACUUGGAUGGCCAACAAAUAAUUUAAACAGAUCACUUGUUCAAGCUGCCUACCAACAUGAAGAAUUGCGUCGAGAAGUCAUCAUGCUGGCCUGCAGUUUUGGCAAUAAACACUGUCACCAACAGGCUGCAACAUUAAUCUCAGAUUGGAUUUCCAGCAAUAGAAAUCGAAUCCCACUAAACGUCAGAGAUGUCGUUUACUGUACAGGAGUUUCAUUGAUGGAUGAAGAUGUAUGGGAGUUCAUUUGGAUGAAAUUCCAUUCUACCAUAGCCGUAUCUGAGAAGAAAAUAUUGUUAGAAGCCUUAACUUGCAGUGAUGAUAGAAACUUGUUAAACAGGCUUCUGAACCUGUCUCUCAAUUCAGAAGUUGUCCUGGAUCAAGAUGCAAUUGAUGUCAUAAUCCACGUAGCUCGAAAUCCACAUGGCAGGGAUCUUGCUUGGAAGUUUUUCAGAGAAAAAUGGAAAAUAUUAAAUGCCAGAUAUGGAGAAGCAUUAUUUAUGAAUUCAAAACUUAUCAGUGGAGUCACAGAAUUCCUUAAUACUGAAGAAGAACUAAAUGAGCUAAAGAAUUUUAUAAAGAGCCACAAAGAAGGAGCUGCCUCCUCUUUUUCUCGAGCUGUGGAAACAGUGGGAGCCAAUGUACGGUGGCAAAUGUUAUAUAAAGAAGAACUAUUCCAGUGGCUAAGAAAAUCUCUAACACACUAAUCUCUGUGUCUAACUAACCAUUGAAUGUGAAGUUGUGCAAGAGGAGGUACAAUAUAUGAAAAUCUGAGAGCAUUGACAUUGAACUGGAGAAGACAAGCUCAGAAUUGCAGGGAGUUUUCUUGCUCUGGGCUCUUAUUAAAACUGUAAAGGAACUCUUGCAAGAAGAGACAGUCAUGAAUGCUUGUGAAAUCCAGUCCUCAGUGUACAUGAUCAAACAUGAUAUUAAAUGGUGCAUGUAAAUGUUACCGUCAGUUUGAAAAAACUUCAGAGUAUUUUGUGCAUGGUUGUAUGGUCCCUGCCUGUAUUCCAGCAUGCUUACUUAUAAUGACCAUGUUUUGUAUGUGAGUUCCUGUUACAUCAAAGAUGGGCAUUAUGCAAAAGCACAAAGACUAUCUAUGACAAUCAGUGUUGCAAUGAACAGAAGGAAUGAAGAAAAGGGGAGGGAAGUGUGUAGGACUACAAACACAGGUGUGGCACGAGAUGUAAUGUCACCCUAAUUUGAUAAAUGCCACUCGUUUCAGCACUCAGAUUGUCUCUUUAUGAUUAUAGGGAUGCCAACUCAUUUUUGAGUUGCCAGUUGUUAUAUAUGCAGUCUCCCCAUUUCUUUAUUAAAAUAAAGUGUACAUGCAUUGUGAGACACCACUCACAUAGUACACUAAUUCCGUAAGUUAAUUAUAUUCACUGCUGAUCAGUGAAAUAACCAUUUUAAACUCUAAUCAUCAACAUCUGCAAUGUUUAUGAUGAGAACUUUGCAUAGCUCUUUGGGUGGAUUCCAUAAACCACCUCCUCAGAAUGAUUUUAUGAGACAAUGGUAUUCAGGAUGUGUUACUUAACAUGUGUUGUAAUUACACCACUGCUAAUGCACAGCUGUCAUAAAUACUCAACAAAUUCAAAUGGAUAUAGGCAAAAGAGGAAAAUAACCUGGAUCCAUGAACACAAACUUAACCAGUAAAGCUAUCUUACCUAGAUACUCCAUGGUUGUGUCUGCAUUUGAGUAAUAUUUUCACUCAAAUACAAUCCUACCAUUUUUUCCAACGUUUUCUUUAAUGUGAAACAUACAUAUUUAUCAUGGCUACUGUUCUUCUAUUUCUGUUGCACUUUUCCUGUGAUUCACAUGAAGUAUACUAGAAUUUGAAACCCGAAUAUAUUUUUCUUCCCAGUCCUAUAAUAUAGUGAAUUUGCUAGUAUUUAAUGAUAUUGCUCACCAUUAAUGCCAUCUGUUGGGAAUGAAAACUGAUGUUCUCAUCUUAGGCCCCAAAAUUCUCCCAUGCUGCGAAUGUGGAAAGAGCAAAACCAUAGAAAGAUCACCAGAAGUGGUUUGUGGUAGUUCAUAGGUGAAGACAGAUAUACACUAAUAUCUCUGCCCUCACCAUUUAACUGUUUCUGGCUCUUCUGCAACUUGAGAGAUCAGCUCUGUAGUUUGGGGACUGUGACCAAACAAAGUAGGAAAAUUUUUACACAGCAGUUCAACUCACAAAAUUCAGCACAGUAGUAGUAACUCAUCCUCAACAAGUUUUUCACAGAUGAGUUACAAGUGGGGACCCCGCAAAGACCCAGCCAAUAUCAGCAUAGCAAACUGGCAGAUUGGAGUGCUCACAGUGUUGUAAGGAGAGAAAAGACUCUUCUGCUCCCAUGGAACUCUGUUCCUCAAGAACUGAUAGCCGCAUCCUGAGUAUCCUGCUCUACUACUGACUCAACGACAGUGAGUUAAUGCAGCAGAAUAGCACCAGCUCAGCAGCUGCAGAACUCUGCCUUCCCAUUCCAUCUUUUUACAUGGACCAAGUGUACGAAGCCUUGUUUAGACAUUUGUUCCACUGAACGCUAGCAGUGCAGCACUGCUGAAUAGUGUGACCUUACAAAAUAGAAGGGUGUUCUUUGCUCCUGAUAAGACCCAAACAUUUGCGAUGCAAUAUUAGCGAGGUUCUGUGUUUUCCUCCUAGACAUUAUCAUGUUUUUGUUGAAUGAAGUUCUCCUUGUGUAUCUUUUACCUACCUCACAGGGAUGUUGUGAGGCUUACUUAGUAUUAGUCAAGCACUCCAGUAUCCUCUGAUGGAAACAUGCAAAGAGUUGUUAUAAUGUGGUUGAUCAAAUUCUGCCUCAACACCAGUAUGUAUCUGCAUUUUUUUUAAGUUGAUGACAAAAUACCACGUAGAACUGUCAUAUCAAAACAGAGCCAGAAUAUGAUUGAAAGUCCCUUCAAACCUUUGCUGGUCCAAGAGUCUAUAGGAAGCUAAAUGCUGGAACAUGAAUGGGCUUGGAAAACUCAGUAAAAAUGAGUCUUUCUCUCUUUGUGCCCAGUAGCCUGAGUAUCUCAGAUUGCAUUCUAGCCUCUCAUUGAUCACAUGGUUGUUUCUACAGUUUGAACUUGGUACAUUUGGGACAUAUGUAGGCGUUUCUGACCUUUUCAAUGAUAAUGGGCUACAAUAAAGGGCAGACUGACAUGUUACAAAGUAGUGAUUUGCUUUUAAUAUGUGAAUUCCAGAAUGCAGAGCAGUUUUUAUUAUUUGUUUUUUAGAUAUGGGAUUCUAAUGGUUUAUAGUAUUUUCUAGUAAGUAACGCUAAUGUUGGGUGCAAAUCUAACAUUUUAGUUUGCUUUAUUAAUGUUUUAGCAGUAUUGAGAGACUGGUCUACUACCAAUAACAAGCCCUAGUUAUUUGUACUGUACAUACCAAUUGUUGUUUUGCAUAUGAUUAUUGUAUAAUUAUAGUGAUGUUAUGUUGCUACUGUAGUUAAGGUCCAGUUGGCCCUUUCCAUUAUAAAUCCCUAAUGUUUAUUUUUAAAAUAUUUUGUAUUUUUCUGUUUUGAAUUGAAUCAGGUUUACAUUUAAAUGGCAUAAAUGAAAUAAAACUGUAGAUUUUUUUACAGUACUUAGAAACCCUGCAUUUAGAUAUGUCUCCAGAUUCUUUUAUUUUUAAGUUUCAGACAGUGAUGUAUUAAAUAGCAGAUGAUACCUCAUGGAAAGCCUUAUAAAAUGUUCUUCUUAGGGAAAAAAAUCUGUUUAACUCAUUUAUUUUUCUCUUUUGUUCCCCUGUCCAUAACUAGAAAUGUGUCUGAGCUGCAAAAUUUAGAUUUUGAUCCAGAUUUUGAACAUUCUGAACUUCAGUGCAUGUUUUUUGUUUGAACCUGUGCAAUGAGAAGGAUUAACUACAAAAUUGGGAAUUAUAAUGCACUUUGGAUUCUGAACUCCCUCAAGCACCAGCAGCAUUUAGAUAUUUCAUAUAGAUUCACCUCUACCUUUCAUAUGUGUAUGAACACAGAACAGCUUUCUUUAUUCUUCUAUAGUCAAUGGUUAUCUCUUAGGCUAUGUCUACACUACAGGCUUCUUACGCAAGAUGUGCUUUUGCACGAGAGAGCAUCCGGACUGCACAGACGCUCUCUCGAAAGAAAGCGCUGAUAGCUAUUCAAGAGAAUGGCCACCAGAGCACCUUUGCUUUUUUCAACAGAGCUUUUUUGUGCAAAAAGAAGCAGUUCCUUGUCCCCACACAAAUUUUUGCGUAGGCGCUCUUGCGUAAAAAGGACUUAUUCCUCGUAGAAAGAGGAAUAACUCUUGCACAAAACCCCCUCCGUUCUGUCAAUUUAGUUGUGCAAAAACAAACUUGAAGUGUGGACACUCCACAAGUUUUUGCACAAAAACUCUGCAGUCUAGACAUAGCUUUACAGGGAUAAUGCAGGAAAAAAUCAACAGUAGACACAAAUAGGUUCAACUCCAUGAUACUACAAUAAUUUAUUUACUUCUAUAACACUCUCCAGUAGCAAAUCUGGAGGUUCCCUAAAGCUAGUACAGUUACCAACUUAUAUCAGUAGUGAAUUUGGCCCAUUAUAGUUGGUGGUAUCAUGUCCACUGGCAUGGCUCCUAAGAAUGAUUAGACUAGAAUUCUAUGACUCUUUUCUUCUUAAACCAAGGUUUCCCUGGGUUAUUGUUGGAAGUGUCUGAACAUUAGCUCUGUAAGGUUUUGAUGCAGAACUAUAAUAUUUCAUUAACUGGGGCCAGGUAUGCCUGAAAUAUUAUGAUCCUUUCAGUGCAAAUGUGUGAAUUCCAGCCCUCUGUGAGAUAUUGAAGGUGAAUUUUGUGAGGUUUUGAGGUUGCACACAAUUCUUGAUGCCAUUGAGUUUUGUGCCCUCCAUUGGUGCCAAUGAACUCUUUCAAAUCAAUGAUCCUGAUUCAUUCAAUUAACCCUUUAGUAAUAAAGAAUGAAAGAAAUAAGAAAAGCAUCACACAUAUAUAUGUUGAAUCCAUUAUAUACAUGAGUCCUACAGACAUGUUUCCCGUAAGGUGCAUAGCAGCUAUUAUUAUUUUUCAUAGACUACUGCACAUAAGAAGAGUCGCAUUUUCAAAUAUGGGUGCCAAUAUUUUAAACAUCUAAAUAAAAGUGGCUUUGUUUUUUUCAGAUCUGCUGACCAUUGACUAUUCCCAUGGAAAUCAGUAUGUGGGGAAGAGAGUUUGUAAAAAAAAAAAUCCAGAUUCUUCAUGAGAAAAAGGGACCAUAUUUUACAGAAUUGGUUUUCAACCAUCUUUAGUGAUGAAUGCCCAGCAUAUCUCAAUAUUAGCCCAAAUUAUUAUCAAAGCCAUACAACUUGUGAACAUUGGAGAGUAUAGAGACUGCUCUCCUGAACUGGUUGGACACCAGGUCAUUCUGCGUGCAUUAAGUUAGAACAGCUCAACACUAACUUCCAUCUACUGCAAUAGCUGUAAAGGGCCAAUAAGCAAUUGAGAAUCACUAGGAUGCAGGCAAGCUCUUUACACUGUCAACUAGGAGGAGAUUGUCAUAAGAAGGUGUAUAUUACUGGAUGAUCUUUUAGGCUACAAUGAUGGCUGAAAUUUGAUGUUAGAUAAAAUCAGAUUGGAAAUACAGAAUAAGUUUUGUACUCAACCACUGGAGCAAUUUGCCAAGGAUUGUGGUGGAUUUUCCAUCACUAGCAAUGUUUAAAUUGAGAGUGAGUGUUUUUGUAAAAUCUGUACUCUAGGAAUAAUUUUGGGGUGGUUCAAAGGCCUGUGAUAUAUAGGAGAUCAUACUUGAUGAGCACAGUGAUCCUUUCUGGCCUUGAGAGUUAUAAAUCUGUGAUCUUCCUGUGGCUUUGCAUGACAUAUUUUUAUGUCUGCACAGCAAGGGAAAAUCUGGACCAUUUGUUUUAGGAAUCUAAUUUGGAAAACACUGCCCAAAAUUGUUGAAAGGGCUUAGUUUUCUUUAACGUCUCUUCUUCAAAACUCACUUGAAACAUUUAACAUAUUUUGAAUUGUAAAAUACUGGCAAAGACCCAUAUAAAAUCCUUUCUUUUUCAAUGUAUUUUUUAAAUGUUGAAAAUUUGCCAUUGACUUUCAGGUAACUUUUUCUAACAAAGACCUUGGAAAGUUGCCACUGCAAAUGUAUGGUAGUAAAAGUGCAUUGUAAUGCCAAAAAUGAAAGAAAGUACAUCAAUGAAAGUUCAUGGAUUUUAUAUUAGGAUUAUAACACGUUGGCAAAAUUACAAUUUGUCAGUGCAAGUCUGUAGUGUGCUGAAGUCAGUGUGGUUCUGUUAUAAUACAUAAACCUGUAAUUAUUAUAUACAUUGCUAUAAUUGUUAAUAAAUUAUUUUCUGACUUUCUUGAAAGAAAUAUUUACAUACAAUAAAGGAAACCUUGACUUGUACAAGUAUCACUUGCUGUCAUGAGUUACUCCCAUUGUAAAGAAUGAGGAGGCUAAAACUGCUGUAUGUAAGGGCUACUCACCAGAGUGGCGCUUGUACAAUCGAGCCCAACAUUAUGACAAGUUUUCAAAAUAAGUCCAUUUUAAAGGAAGGCUGAGUCAGCAUUCUGAAUUGAGAGCCAUUGGAAUUUUUCUGUUGACUUCAGGAGAAGUAAGAUAUGACCCACGAGAUCGUCCAGAAAUUCAAACACAUACGGGGGUCUGAUAAGUGUUUAAUUUGUAAUGGUAGAAGUGCUGGGGCUCAAGGAAUUAGCUGCUGAGACUCAAACAAUUUUUUUACAUCCAUAACUGACACAGUAAGAUGAGAAGUGCCAGGGCUAUGAACUGCCAAGUUUGGAGGUACCUGGGCUCAGCCCUGACAAUCCCUGGUACAAAGUGAGCACUGGGUCUCAUGCUGUGAAACCCACAGUCCAUACAACUGACUUCAAUGAAACUACCUGCUUGAAUGAGGAUUACUGGAUUAAGCGAUUACUGGAUCAGAUCCAUGGUCCUCAACCAGUGGGCAACGCUUAGAAUAUAUUUCAUAAAUAGCGAAGCAAGUUCUAAUUAAUGUGCUUGAAUAGUCUUGUCGCUGCUUGUGCACCAUUUGCAAUACAGAGUAACAAUACAUCAGUAAAAAAUACUCAUAAGAGUAACAGUCCUAGAGUUAAAAAACCUUCUGGCAGGAAUUAUUUGUGCAGCACUACAAAGCCACAUGGAGAAAGAGCUAGGGAGCUCUACUGCAGCCAUUACUCCAAAUUUCAUUGAGUAAUUGCACUGUUAGGAUUUGCCUCACGUUGAUAUUAUUGUAAAGGAAUUUUUAAUGGACUACAGAAUAUGCCCUAGAACAUAGAAACAACCCAAGAACAAAUGCUCAUCCAGCUCUGUGCCAGGCAUCUUUGUAAAUCCUUGUUAAUUUCUGCAAUUUUAUGUAUAUGUCUGUAACCAAACUGGUAAUAUACAUAUAUGAAGCCAGCUCUUUGGCUGGCAUACUCUUUGUGGUACAACCGAGCACAACCAGCGGAACUAGCCCAUUGUUUUUUGGAGAGCCAUGUGAAAAUUAUAUAUGCCAUAUUUCAAUAGCACAUAUUUGAUUGAUCUUUUGUUUUUGCUUUUCAUGUUGCUUUUUGUUAUAAUGCUAUACUCUGAUUCCAGUAUGAUAAAGCUUUAUAUUAUGUUCUAA